CUUCCACUACCACGGUUGAUAAAUUAAACAAAAAAUAGUAGUAAUAAAUUCGACAUUAUCCAGUGUUCAUCACUUUUUGACGAAGUAUUGUCUGCGACGCAAUUCGGCCGAAAAGCAUUGGCAUUUCCGAACUAAAAACAAACUUUUAGGACAAUGGGAAAGGUGGAAAAGAUUGUUUCUUUAUAAUCCAAUUCUUGAAAAUCACCGAAACCCAAUCUUUUUUUUCCCCUCUCUUUGGAGUUGUUUUUCAAGAAUUGAGAUCUACCGGGGCAAGAAACUGCUGAAAAAUGGCGACCCGGACGUCUGAACUCGUGGGUCGGGUCGACCCGGCUCAGAGCUUCGACGUUGAUGCUCUGCUCCGUUACGCGAUCGCGAAUGUUGAUGGGUUUCCUCAGCGCCAUUCACAGUUCACUGUUUCUCAGUUUGGGCAUGGUCAAUCGAAUCCAACGUUCCUCCUGGAAGUUCACAGCGGAGAUUUGAAGAAGCGAUAUGUGUUGAGAAAGAAACCCCCGGGAAAAUUACUUGAAUCCGCACAUGCUGUUGAGAGGGAGUUUCAGGUGUUACACGCCUUAGGUACUCACUCGUUGGUUCCAGUGCCUAAAGUUUACUGCUUGUGUACCGACCCAAGUGUUAUUGGGACCACGUUUUACAUUAUGGAGUAUCUGGAAGGACGUAUAUUUAUCGAGCCCAUGCUCCCAGUUGUAGAACCUAGGCAAAGGCGCGCCAUAUAUCAUGCUACUGCUAAAGCUUUGGCAUCCCUUCAUUCUACCGACGUGGAUGCCAUCGGUCUGCGUAGCUAUGGAAAACCAAACAAUUACUGUAAACGGCAGGUCGAGAGAUGGGCCAGACAGUAUCUUGUUUCUACCGGUGAGGGAAAGUCUAACAGAAACCCCAGAAUGUUAGAACUCGCUGAUUGGUUGCGUCAGCAUAUUCCUCCUGAAGAUUCUUCGGGGGAAGCUGCAGGUUUAGUCCAUGGUGACUUUCGUAUUGACAAUCUUGUCUUCCAUCCUACCGAGGAUAGAGUGAUCGGCAUCCUCGACUGGGAACUUUCCACCCUGGGCAAUCAAAUGUGCGAUGUUGCAUACAGCUGCUUGCAUUACGUCGUGGAUAUUUCUUUGGACAAAGUAGAGAAGAAUGACGGUCUUGAGUUUACUGGAAUACCGGAAGGGAUUCCUACACUGGCAGAGUAUCUGGCGGAAUAUUGUGCUGUUACUGGGAAAGCAUGGCCCGCCGCCUCUCAAUGGAAGUUUUACAUCGCCUUCUCUUUGUUCCGUGGAGCAUCUAUCUAUGCUGGAGUGCAUUCUCGAUGGAUCAUGGGAAAUGCUUCAGGAGGGGAGCGUGCCCGCCAUGCUGGACAGAAGGCUGAUGCUAUGAUCGAGAUUGCGUGGGCAUUUACUCAGAGGGAAUCUGUUCUUCCCAUGCACCCUCCACGGGACUUAAUUCCCCGAGAACAUGCGAAACCACUUGGGAGAGAAAGCCGAGAUAGCCUCUAUUUAAGCGGAGGCAAAUUUGUUCCAAAUCAAAAAGUUCAGGACUUGAGAAAUAGAUUGAUCAAGUUUAUGGAGGACCGCAUAUAUCCAAUGGAAGACGAGUUCUAUAAACUUGCUCAGUCGAGCAUGCGUUGGUCCGUUCACCCUGAAGAGGAGAGGCUAAAGGAGCUAGCAAAGAAAGAAGGCUUAUGGAACUUAUGGGUUCCUCUCGAUAGUGCUGCUAGGGUUAAGGAAGUUAUUUCUGGCCAAGGAAAAGAUGGUGCCAUUGACAACACAUUUGAUAAAAUACUCGGUGCUGGUCUGUCAAACCUCGAGUAUGGAUACCUUUGUGAGAUCAUGGGCCGUUCUGUGUGGGCGCCGCAGGUGUUUAACUGCGGAGCACCGGAUACGGGAAAUAUGGAGGUAUUAAUGCGCUACGGAGAUGCUGAGCAGAUGCGCCAAUGGCUCGUUCCCUUGCUCGAAGGAAAUAUCCGGUCUGGGUUCGCAAUGACCGAGCCACAAGUGGCAUCUUCCGACGCUACCAACAUAGAGUGCUCCAUCACAAGGCAAGGAGAUUCAUACAUUAUAAACGGGCGAAAAUGGUGGACGAGCGGAGCCAUGGAUCCUAGGUGCAAAGUUCUAAUUGUGAUGGGAAAGACUGAUUUUGCAGCCCCCAAGCAUAAACAGCAAUCCAUGAUCUUGGUCGACAUCGAUACUCCCGGUGUAAACAUAAAGAGGCCGUUGACAGUGUUUGGCUUUGACGACGCGCCUCACGGCCACGCGGAAAUAUCAUUCGAGAAUGUACGGGUACCGGCCAAGAACAUCCUGCUCGGUGAGGGUCGUGGAUUCGAAAUCGCACAGGGUAGGCUCGGCCCCGGCAGGUUACACCAUUGCAUGAGGCUGAUCGGCGCUGCUGAGCGCGGCAUGCAGUUAAUGAUUCAACGAGCAAUCAGCAGGAGAGCGUUCGACAAGUUGAUAGCCGAGCACGGCUCGUUCCUCUCGGACGUUGCAAAGUGUCGGGUAGACCUCGAGAGGACUCGAUUGCUGGUUCUCGAGGCCGCAGACGAGCUCGACCGCCUCGGGAACAAGAAGGCGCGUGGAACCAUCGCCAUGGCCAAGGUUGCGGCUCCGAACAUGGCGCUGAAAGUGCUCGACACGGCGAUGCAAGUGCACGGGGCGGCGGGUUUAUCGGGCGACACGGUUCUCGCCCACCUUUGGGCAACCGCACGAACGCUGAGAAUUGCAGAUGGUCCCGAUGAAGUCCAUUUGGAAACUAUUGCAAAACUAGAGCUUAGAAGAGCUAAGCUUUGAAAGACUUCCCAUCAUGGGAUAAUAAUGUUGUACAAUUACUUGUUUUUUUUAGAUUAUGUUGUACAAUUACUUGUUACUUGUUAUAAAUACGAAAAUAGAAUAAAAUGUUGUACUAAUAUGCAUAAUAUUUUGAAAAACUAUCAUUUUUUA